CUCUUUUAAACUCCGGUUGAUACGUACGCGUAGCUUAGCUACUCCUCUCUCUGUCUCUCAUUGAUGAAAUCUCACACCCUAUCCUACCUCUAAGUUCUAACACCUACAAUAUAGCCUCUGUAUAUACACACACCAUAUAUAUACACACUGUUGGUUGUAUAUUACUGUGACUGUGGCCAACCCAACUUCCUCCGAGUCAUGGCCGCUGCAACAAUCAGCCGCCGCCGCCGCCUUCGUCUCCGGCCGCAACGACACCGUUUCAAUCCCACUUGACCACUCCUCCGCCGCUUCCGCUUCUGCCACCGCGAUCUCCAUGUUGAGGUUCCGCAACUUAAUGCUCAUAUCAUCACCGCCGCCGCAGCCGCCGUCGACAGAUUCCCUAUCGGAAAAUCUGGAGAACGAUUUGUCGGGCGCGGAAGAGAAAGUGUGCGGAGACUGCGGAAACAGAGCAAAGAAAGAGUGCGCCUUUGGGAGGUGCAGGACAUGCUGUAAGAGCAGAGGGUAUGACUGUGCCACUCACGUGAAGAGCACGUGGGUUCCGGCGUCUCAGCGUCGUGAUCGGAAAUUCACCGUCGCCGGAGCUGUCUCCGGAAGUGGGCCGUCGUGUCCUGGGAGUAAGAAGCAGAGAACAGAGGUUUCAGAACAGAACAAUGCUGCGAAAGCGCCAUUGGGUCUUCAGACAAGUUCUUCUCAUCAAGGCUUCAAGGAGGCAUUGCCGGGAAAAGUUCAAGCGCCUGCAGUAUUCAGACGCAUAAGGGUAACCGCCAUUACCAACGGCGAAGCAGAGGUCGCUUACCAAGCUACUGUCACCAUAAGCGGCCAUGUCUUCAAGGGCUUUCUUUACAACUAUGGCGGCGUUGAUCAAAACAAUCCACUUCCACGUGCUUCCUCCAAACUGCCUACAGAAAAUUAACCCAAAAAAAAAAAUGGGGGAAAACCGAAUAUGGGACUUUGCCCUCACCCCCACAUGUGAAAAAGGAAGAUGCAAAUUGUAAUUGGUGACGGACAGAGCAAAGCAUUUUAGCAUCUCUCUCUCAAACAAUGCUUGACAUCAACGCUAAUAGCCGAAGUCCCUCGUCCACUCAAACGAAGGAAAAUUAUAUAUACGUAUGUAUAUAUAUAUAUAUAUAAUCUUAUGUAUAAUAACAAGGUUGAAGAAAGGAAAAUGACAUUCAUUUUUAUAUUCGAUUAUUGUUUUUUUUUUAUAUAAGAUUUGGUCCAACAAGGUUUGAACCCGGGUUAGAAGCAUUUUUUGUAACUCAACCACUAGACCACUCUAUUUAGGUUAAUUAUUGUUAUUAUGUUUGGAUAUUUGUAUUUUGUUUGUUUGAUUGAAUUAAGUUAUUUUAAGUAUUA